GCACUGGAAUCGACCAACCAGACCACAACGCACAGCGUGCCACGCCCGCCCGCCUCUCGGCUUUCAGCAUGGACGCGGCGGAGAGGAGGCUCGCUCGCGUGACGGCUCAUCUCCUGCCCUCCUCCCUCCCGCUCGUCUCUGCCCCUCUCCUUGCGCCAUUCCCCGCUGCUGCGUCGUCGUCGCCCGCCGGAGACAGCUACCGGCGCGUACACGGCGAUGUCUCGUUGGAGCCACCGGAGUGGCGAGCGGCAGCGGACGAGGAUGGAAAGGGAUUCAUCGACAUCAUCUACGAGAAGUCCGUCGGAGAGGGCAUCGCCAAGAUCACAAUCAACCGUCCUGAUAGGAGAAACGCAUUCAGACCGCUGACUGUCAAAGAGCUGAUGCGUGCCUUCAGCGAUGCUAGAGAUGAUAGUUCAAUUGGAGUCGUCAUACUGACAGGGAAGGGAUCCAAGGCAUUCUGUAGCGGUGGCGACCAAGCCUUGAGGGGUUCUGAUGGAUAUGUUGAUUUUGAUAGCUUUGGCCGGCUCAACGUUCUAGACCUCCAGGUACAAAUUAGGCGCCUUCCGAAGCCAGUUAUAGCAAUGGUUGCUGGUUAUGCAGUUGGUGGUGGACAUGUUCUGCACAUGGUUUGUGAUCUAACAAUUGCAGCUGACAACGCGAUAUUUGGGCAGACUGGUCCAAAGGUUGGAAGCUUUGAUGCUGGCUAUGGCUCUUCCAUCAUGUCUCGAUUGGUUGGACCAAAGAAAGCCCGCGAGAUGUGGUUUCUGUCACGGUUCUAUGCCGCCGAAGAAGCAGAGAGAAUGGGACUCGUCAAUGUAGUCGUACCACUUGCUGAUUUGGAGCGUGAAACUGUGAAAUGGUGCCGGCAAAUCUUAAGGAACAGCCCCACAGCCAUUCGGGUGUUGAAAUCUGCACUCAAUGCAGCUGAUGAUGGUCAUGCUGGUCUUCAGGAGCUCGGCGGGAAUGCGACAUUGAUCUUCUACGGUACUGAAGAGGCCAAAGAAGGAAAGAAUGCGUACAUGGAACGACGACGCCCUGAUUUCUCAAAGUUCCCCCGGAAACCAUGACUUCCACUUGAUGGUGUCAUCAUCUUGUAGUAAAUAUUAUUGAAUAUCUUCCCCUCACUGAUUUGCAAAAAGAAUCACGCAUUUGCCUCUCCCUUGGAUAGUGUGUACAUUGUUAUCUACAAAGUGCCGGAAUUUUCUUGACAAUUUGUUGGCGGAAAUGUAGUUUGCAUACACGAAAGAAAAUGCCAUAUUUGUGAA